UUCACAUUUAAGAAAAAAGUGCCAUGAAUUAACUGUCUACUGCAUUUAAAAAAUCCCAUCUUCAUGGAUAACCUGUCAGAAUUCCCUUCCAGCUCCAAUCGCUCUUCGAUAUUUUCUAUUGGACCCGAGUUUAUGGUAAAAUGGAAAAUUCAAAAACAACAGGAACGCGUCUGCCAGAGCCUGUUCUAUGGAAUUUUAUCGUUGGCUGAGUGUAUACAAAUGCAGAAUGGGACAAACAUAGGCGAUUUCAACUACACGACACAGGAUGAAUACGACCUGCAGAGAGAACACAAUUACGCAGAACGAUCCAAUGAAAGUUACUCGCAAAAAAUAUCGCCCGUUCUUCCACCUUUCCAGCUCUGGCAAACAAUACUGAUUGCCGCAGCUCUGGCGAUGUGUAUCAUUUUGACUGUUUUCGGAAAUAUAUUGGUUCUUUUGGCUUUUAUUGUGGAUCGGAAUAUUAGACAACCAAGCAACUAUUUUAUCGCUUCACUCGCUGCUACUGACAUGCUUAUAGGUACAAUUUCCAUGCCCUUUUAUACCGUAUACGUACUAAUGGGAUAUUGGGACCUGGGUCCACUUCUCUGCGAUUUAUGGCUUUCCGUAGAUUAUACUGUAUGCCUGGUAUCGCAAUACACUGUCCUGCUCAUAACAAUCGACAGGUUUUGCUCCGUAAAGAUUGCAGCAAGGUACAGAGGCUGGAGGACCAAAUCCAAAGUCUUAGGCAUGGUUACUGUGACCUGGAUUGUUCCAGCUUUAUUAUUUUUUAUAAGUAUUUUUGGAUGGGAACAUUUUAUAGGUUACAGGGACCUACAGCCAGGAGAAUGCGCUGUACAAUUUCUUAAAGAUCCCAUAUUCAAUACAGCUUUGAUUAUUGGAUACUACUGGACCACCUUAAUCGUCUUGUUCCUACUGUAUGGAGGAAUUUACAAGACUGCGUACGAUAUGCAGAAAAAAAGUGAGGCGAAACAGCGUAAAAUGCAGUCAAUGGUGGCCCUAAGCGCCGGAGCAAUGUCCGGAAUGGCCGGAAGAGCUGCUGGAAUAGGUAUUUCCAAAACCCAGAGUACUUUUUUAAGUGAAGAGAAACAUGCAAACAAAGCGCCACCUCUCCAAACCAAAGCGUCCUUGGAAUUGUCUGUUCAAGAAACUUCUGAUAUUCAGUCAGAUACUAAGGACUCGCCUCCCUUAUCGCCCAUCAAUAUAGUUGAUGAUAUGCCUAAAAUAGUCCCAUCAGUCACUUCUUUUGCCGAACAGGAAAAGUGGGAGAGAUCCAGCAGCCCUGCCUUUGAAUCUGACGAAGACAGCAAUGUUGGGGGAAGUCCAAUACUUAAUUCUAAGGAAAAUAAAAGAACUUCCAUAAUUGGAAUGAUGGUACAAAGUAGCGUCCCUCUUCAUAUAUUUUCCGACGUUAAAACGGAAGAUUCAGCUAAGGAAAUCACUCCAGGGCCAAGUAAGAAAUUACAAGAAAAGCCUAAUCUUUUGGAAGUAUCCCCAAGAAAUGUAAAGGGGAAUUCUAAAGGUAGUUUAAGCAAGAAAACUAUUCGCGAAGAAGUUUUAUUUGGCAAAAAAUCGAAUGGUAAUUCGAAGAGAUGCAGCUUGCUCGUAGACGUACAUCAGUUUAACCAGAAAACCUACGAUGUACUUGUGGGUGUAAACGACGAAGACUUGACUUUUAUGGAUGAAUCCUCUCAAUCAUUUUCACCAAUUUUACUUAACAAAAAACAACAAAGACCGUUAAUUAAAAUCGAUCCAGUCGAGACUAUAAAUUUGAAGGAAAUGGACAAAAUUGAUGCGGCCCCAAAAUCACCAAAAAUAACAACAACUGUAUACAACGAAAACGAAUCCAAAGAAUCCCAACUUAAAUUGGAAAUCACCAAAGUACACAAACCAGAUUCUUCCUCCGAAUCCAGUUCACAUUGCGGCAAUACAGUUAAUCAGCCUGGAAAUGCCGCUGCAAUUAUGGCGGCCACCACAAUUGUUAAUAGAAACAAAAUUUACACAAACCAGCCGACUAAAACCACUAAACACGUUUUUAUCAAAACCAUUGAGAAAAAAAUCAAGGGUAAAAAUCCGGUGUUGGGUCCCUUGGGCGGUUUCGGAAGGCAAAAGUCUAAGUCUGAAAACAGGGCCAGAAAGGCUUUAAGAACAAUUUCUUUCAUUCUCGGAGCGUUCGUUGUAUGUUGGACUCCGUACCACAUAUUCGCACUGGUUGAAGGAUUUUGCUCUGAACCUCCCUGUAUCAACGGCCAUUUGUACAUGUUUUCUUACUUUUUGUGCUAUGCUAAUAGUCCGCUUAAUCCAUUUUGUUAUGCGUUAGCAAACCAGCAAUUUAAGAAAACAUUUACUCGUAUUUUAAAAGGAGAUUUACAUAUAGCAUAAAUAUUUAUUCAAGAGAUUUAUCAGUAGCGUGCCGUAUAGUCCAAAAUUUAAAAUUUGGACAAAUAUUUUAUAAAAUUAUUUUUAUAGUUUAAAAUGCAUUUUUGUGAGAAUGU